ACGACAAUGUCGGCCAUCACCGUUCUACAAGCCAACGGGACUGAAGUCAAUCAUAAGACAUUGGCUGGAAAGACACCAACCUUGAUCGAGUUGAACACUUCCCAGGAUGAUUGGGUAUAUCCUUAUCCAACCAAUUUCAAGAUACAUGAGCAUCCCCUUGACGAGAUCCGCGAGCUCAAGGUGGCUGUCAUUGGUGCCGGUCUUGCGGGCAUAAUUGCAGGUGCACUGUUACCUGCAAAGGUUCCAGGUAUCAAAUUAACCAUUCUUGAAAAGAAUGCGGACUUAGGAGGAACAUGGUACGAGAAUACUUACCCAGGAGUUCGCUGCGACAUUCCUGCCCAUGUCUACCAGGCGACCUUCUCUCCGAACACUGAGUGGACUGAGGAGUAUGCUCAAGGCUCGGAGAUCCGCAACUACUGGCAGAAUGUGGCCAAAAAGCACGACGUGUACUCGAAGGUCAAGCUACAGACCAAGGUCCUGGGCGCUUAUUGGGAACCAGAACGUUCACAGUGGAGGGUUGAAACAAAAGACCUCAAGAGUAAUGAGGAAAAGGUGGAACACUUCGAUUUCUUGAUUCCUGCGAUCGGCCACUUCAACGAAUGGAGAUUGCCAGAUAUCCCGGGCAUCGAUGAUUUUCAAGGUCACCUCAGGCAUUCAUCCAACUGGGAUCCCAAUUUCGACCCAAGAGGCAAGCGCAUAGCCACUAUUGGUAACGGAGCAUCAGGCAUUCAAAUCACUCCAGAACUGCAAAAAGUCGCUAGUCAUAUUGAUCACUAUGCUAGGAGUCGAACUUGGAUCGCUGGUUCCUUUAACCCUAAUGCCAAAGACAGACAAUCUACACCCAUGUAUAUUCCGCAUGAGCAGCUUGAGUCGUUUUCAGACCCCAAAGUCUACCUUGAGUAUCGCAAGAAGCUAGAAGGGUCGUUCUGGAGAAACUUCGAUGCCCAGCUCAGAGACUCUGAGACCAGCAAAACCUCCGCCCAGAACUUCAAAGAGUUGAUGCGCNAAAGAUUGGCAGAUAAAUCUGAGCUACUUGAACAGAUAUUGCCCGACUUCCCUCCGCACUGUCGUCGACUCACGCCAGGCCCUGGAUAUCUGGAGGCCUUGACAGAAGAUAACCUUGCCUUCAUCCAGACUCCCAUCUCACAUUUCACGAAAGACGGGGUUGUGACCAUAGAUGGAACACAUCGCCCUGUCGAUGCGAUUAUCUGUUCGACAGGUGCAAAUGUUGACUUUGCGCCUCCUUUUCCAAUCGUCGCUGGUGAAUAUGAUCUGUCCCGCGAUUGGCGACCAGAAGGAAAGUUCGGAUUCCCGUACACCUACAUGGGCGUUGCAACACCUGGCCUUCCUAAUCUAUUGCAGCUACAUGUCCCCCACUCGGUUGAGACGCAAGCAACGUACAUUGCUAAAGUCUUGCGCAAAGUCAGCAGUCAAGGCAUUGCGAGUAUUGUUCCUAAGAAAGAUGCCGCUGAUGCUUUUGUGGAAUACUGUGAUGCUUUCUUCCCUCGGACCAAUUUAUCCAGGAAGUGCAGCAGCUGGGCGAACGGCCGUCGUCCCGGUGGUAGGAUUCAUGGGCUAUGGCCAGGAAGUGCUGCGCAUCUGACCAACGUCAGGAGAGAACCACGCUGGGAAGACUAUGAGUACACCUAUCUCAACCCGGACAACAUAUUCGCCUACUGGGGCAACGGUGUGACCAAGAAGGAGUUUGAUCCGGAGAGCGACAUGACAUCUUAUCUGAGACUGCCUGAGGAGCUUGACUUGAGAGACUUGCAUGAGCGCUGGUGGGACUUGUGA